UGUUUACCUUCCGGCGAAUUUUCACGAAAAUAAAUCAUUUAAACACUUUAAUAAUCAUUUUAGACUUCGAAAUGCCUUUUUAUGCCGUAAGAAUAGGUAGAUGUCCAGGAGUUUAUAGAACAUGGGAUGAAUGUAAAGUGCAGGUAGAUAAAUUUACAAAGCCAAGGUUUAAAAAAUUUAACACAGAAGAAGAGGCUCGAGCUUUUGUGAAAGGAUCGGAUCAUCCUACCAACAUUCCAGGCUCCUUUAAAUCAUCACCUGCAAAAAGCUUCAGUAGUGGUUUUCCAAAAAGUCCAAAGGCUUCAAGCAGCAAAGAUUUAUCAACAGAUGUUAAGCUUAAGAUUGCUGAGAAAGAAAUACAGUAUUUGAAAGAGAAAUUGAAACAGAAAGUGUGUGAAAAGAAAUUGUUGGAAACUAAAGCAGAAAUAGACCAGCUAAAAGGUCAAGGGUCUUACCAAGGGAAGGUUUCACAUUCAAGAAAAACAUUUCAUAACUCAAAGCCAUAUCAGCCUUCGACACCAACUAAUAGCUCCAACUGGAAACAGAACAGAAGAACACAACUUAUAGAUAUAAAUGAAGCCAGACAAUUACAUACAGAUGCUUGCUCUGAUGGCGUAGCAAUCAAUGAUAGAACACCUGUAGUAUACACAGAUGGUGCUUGUACAAACAAUGGUCGUGGUGCAGCUAAAGCUGGUAUAGGUGUAUACUGGGGUCCUAACCAUCCAUU